AUGGAAAUAACAGAUGUUUCUAAAGGACACAUGCAAGGAAUUGACAAUGCCAGAGGACAGAGUGGUGUGGAAAUUGAGGAGUCUCCAAGAGGCAACAGAAAACAUGGUGCAUCAUUUAUCAUCACUAGAGCAAUUACAGGUCCUGCAUUGUUUUUGCUUCGGUACAUCUGGUACAGCCCUGCAAAGUUUUCUCUGCCCACUGGACUGGUUCGUCUAGUUAAUAAGCAGAUCAACUGGCACCUAGUACUUGCAAGCAAUGGUAAAUUGUUGGCAGUUGUUCAAGACCAAUGUGUAGAAAUCAGGUCUGCAAAAGAUGACUUUGGAUCCAUCAUUGGAAAAUGUCAAGUGCCAAAGGAUCCUAACCCUCAGUGGAGGCGAGUGGCAUGGAGUCAUGAUUGUACGUUACUUGCUUAUGCUGAAAGCACUGGAACAGUGAGAGUGUUUGACCUAAUGGGCAGUGAGCUUUUGGUCAUUUCACCGACAGCAAGUUUUCCAGGAGAUCUGAGUUAUGCUAUCGCUGGACUGAUCUUUCUAGAAUACAAAGCAAGUGCCCAAUGGUCAGCUGAACUGCUUGUCGUUAAUUAUCGUGGAGAACUGAGAAGUUAUCUUGUAAGUGUUGGAACAAAUCAAAGCUUUCAAGAAAGUCAUAGUUUCAGCUUUAGCAGCCAUUACACCCAUGGAAUAACUACUGUCAUUUAUCAUCCUGGUCACAGACUUCUGCUUGUAGGAGGCUGUGAAACAGAUGAAGAUGGAGUAUCUAAAGCAACUGGUUGUGGAAUAUCUGCUUGGAGAGUUCUGUCAGGCUCUCCCCAUUAUAAACAGGUCACUAGUUAUGAAGAUGACAUUAAAACAGUAAGUAUAGGAUUAUUAAGGAUUAUGAAUUUAAGGUUUUACAGCAGACGGAGAACAGAACAGGAUGGAAUUUUCAAGAUGAAUCUUUCUCCUGAUGGAGCUCUUCUGGCAGCUGUUCAUUUCUCAGGAAAACUGACAAUCUGGUCUAUUCCAUCUCUCAGACAACAAGGAGAAUGGGACCAAACAGAUCAGCCAGGUUAUGAUGAGAUCAACCCAGACUGGAGACUCUCUAGUGAAAAAAGAAAGAAAAUAAAAGACAAAGAAUCCUAUUACCCGUUGAUAGAUGUAAAUUGGUGGGCAGAUAAUUCUGUGAUCCUGGCUCGCUGCUCUGGUGCAUUGACUGUGUCAUCAGUCAAGACGUUGAGAAACUUGCUGGGAAAGUCAUGUGAAUGGUUUGAGAGUUCUCCUCAGGUCACUUCAGCUCAUGAUGGAGGAUUUCUAAGUCUGGAGUGUGAGAUAAAACUCGUUCCAAAAAGAUUACGCCUGGAGAGCAGGCCUGGUGAUGAAGAUGAGGGUGAAGAUGACUCUGAGUCAGAUGAUGAAACUUCUGCUAAGGACAGGUACUUCAGCUACCUAAAGCAAGGCCUGUACUUUGUGACAGAAAUGGAACGAUUUGCUCCUCCACGGAAACGUCCGCGUACUAUUACAAAGAAUUUCCGCCUUGUCAGUUUGAGAUCCACGACUCCAGAGGAACUGUACCAGAGAAAGAUCGAUAAUGAAGACUAUGGGGAAGCUUUGUCUUUGGCUCAAGCAUAUGGCCUUGAUUCUGAUCUUGUGUAUCAAAGACAGUGGAGGAAAUCAGCUGUUAACGUCGCUUCAAUUCAGGACUACUUGAGCAAAAUUAAGAAGCGCGCAUGGGUUCUUCACGAGUGCUUGGAAAGAGUUCCAGAGAAUGUGGAUGCUGCUAAGAAACUGCUUCAGUAUGGCUUGAAAGGCACAGACUUGGAGGCUCUUGUGGCCAUAGGAAAAGGAGAAGAUGGUGGCAGAUUUAUCUUACCAGGGGAGGUGGACAUUGAAAUUCCCUAUGAAGACUUUUUGUCAGCGGAUGAAGAAAUGGAUGCUAGAAAGGAAAAAGAGGCCAAGAAGCAUCAAGAACUGCUAUUAUCAGUAAACUUCUCAAAACUGACGCUGGAACAGAAAGAACUGUGCCGUAGCAGGCUGAAGCUGUUAACUUACCUUGAUCGCCUUGGAACCUAUGAGGAAAUCCUUGGAGGGCCUCAUGCAGCUGAACAGCACUAUGAUGGCGAAUUCUUCAAGAAGUUCAGAAAUCAGAAUAUUGUGCUUUCAGCAAGAACUUAUGCUCGGGAAAGCAACGUCAGAGCCCUGGAAAUCUUGUUCACGUUCCACGGAUCAGCUUUACUUCCACACAGACAGGCAAUUCUCUCCAAUUUUCCAGAGACAACUUCACCACAUGAAUAUGCUUUCUUGUUGCCUGAAGCUUGUUACAAACAGGGAACGUUGAAAAUUAUUCCUUGGAAUGAGCAGAAACACCGUGAAGAAGACUGGUGUGAAAAAGCAGAAUGCAGGAUGAUUGUUGAACCAACUUUACAAGAUGAAGGCGAAUUUCUGUAUGAAACGCAACCUGAGUUACUGAAGUACAGAACUACUGACCUUUCAGUAGAUCUCGUUACCGAUUGGUAUUUGAGCAGAGCACAGGAAAUUGAAAAAUAUGCGAUGCAGGUGGACUGUGCUCUGUCCCUUGUUCGUCUUGGCAUGGAGAGGAAUAUUCCUGGUCUGCAAGUGCUUUGUGACAAUCUGAUCACUCUUGAGACAGUAGUUUAUGAGACUGAUGGUGAUCGAACCUUAACUUUGAAGGAACUUGUAGAGAUGAAAGACAUUGAAAAGCUGAGGUUGUUGAUGAAGAAUUCCUCUGAUGAAAAAUACGUGAAGAAUGUUUAUCAAUGGAUGAUCCCUUUCCUCCACCGCUGUGAAAAUCAGUCCCCUGGUCUUGCAAAUUCACUUUUUAAAGAAUAUUUAGUAACACUAGCAAAGGAAGACCUGACUCGACCUCUGAAGAUAUUUCAAAAUUCAAAACCUGCUUGUCAGCAAAAAAUUAUUCCUGAUCAAGACCAGCUUAUGAUUACAGCAUUGGAGUGUAUUUAUAGUUGUGAACGAGAUGACCAGCUCUCUCUCUGUUACGAUAUUUUGGAAUGCCUUCCUCAAAGAGGAUAUGGGCCUGAAACAGAUAAAACUGACGCUCAAAAAGAACUGGAACAAAUUCUUAGCGUUUCAGAGCUGUUGGAGAAACAUGGACUUCAGAAACCCGUUUCCUUUGUGAAAGACACAAAGGAUAAUGUGGAGGAGGCACGGAAGCUGAUGAUUAGGCUGACAAGGCACACAGGUCGCAAGCAACCAUCAGUCAGUGAGACACACUGGAAGGAAUUGCUCCAGGAUAUGUUAGACAUGCAGCAGAAAGUAUAUACAUGCUUACAUUCAGAUACUUGCUAUGAGAUUUUCACAGAAAGUCUUUUAUGCUCAAGCAGUAUAGACAAUAUCCACUUGGCUGGGCAAAUGAUGCAUUGUAGUGUUUGGUCGGUGGAUCUACCAAGUUCAUCAAAAGGGAAGCCACAGUACAGAGUCAGCUAUGCGAAAAGUAUCGAACUAGUUUUGGCUGCUGGCAGAGAAUAUUUCAAUUCUUCAACAAGUUUGACCGAUAGCUGUAUGGAUUUGGCCAGGUGCUGUCUACAACUUAUUGUAGACUGUCCAAGUGCUAUUCAGGAGGAGCUAGAUCUCAUUCGUGCUCUUGGCUACCUUGAAGAAUUUGGUGUGAAAGUAUUACCAUUACAAGUGCGUUUAUGUUCGGAUCGACUUAGUCUCAUCAAGGACUGUCUUGCUCAGUUGUCAACGAACUAUAAGCAGUCUGCUAAGCUCCUGGGACUUGCAAAUUUGCUGAGGGUUGCAGGAGAUGAUCAGAUGGAGAGAAAAGGUCAAGUUUUAAUUCUCUUAGUGGAACAAGCUCUCAGUUUCCAGGACUACAAAGCAGCUAGUAUGCAUUGCCAGGAGCUCAUGGCCACAGGUUAUUCUAAAAGCUGGGAAGUAUGUAGUCAGCUUGGGCAAUCAGAAGGCUACCAUGAUUUGAGUAUGCGUCAAGAGCUCAUGGCUUUUGCUCUGACACACUGUCCCCCAAGUGCCAUAGAGGCUUUGCUGGGAGUGAGCAGUUCGUUGCAAACCCAGAUUCUUUAUCAGGCUGUGAAUUACCAGUUUUUUCCAUCAGAAGGAAGUGAGAAUAUAAAUAUCUCAGGACCUUCUUCGUUGAUCAGUAAGGAUACAGAGAUUGGUUUACCUUCAAGCCAGUCUGCUGAUUUGUUGUACUGGACGACAUCAAAAACAAUGAAAGUGUUGUCUAACACAACUAUGACUACAAAAGCCAUGCUGCAUGCUGUCAGUGACGGACAGUGGUGGAAGAGAUCAUUAACUUAUCUUCGACCAUUACAUGGCCAAGAAUUUGGAGAUGUAUUAAAAAGUGGACCUGGAGAAAAUGCCACUGUGGAAAAACAAGGCUGUCAUCCGUUUUAUGAGUCUCUAAUUGCUGAUCCAUAUGUUGCAGAAUCUGAAAUCAGCUAUGGAACAUAUGAGAACAAUUCUUUGGAAAGCCUUGCAGAAGUGUUGCUGAGGACAGAGAAACUGACAGAAACAAAGAGUGAAGGGAAAGACCUACUUCCAGCUACAGAAGUUCUACUACAACUGGCAAGUGAUGCUUUACCAAAUGAUACGGCCUUGUCGCUUGCCUAUCUACUUGCACUUCCACAGGUGGUAGAUGCCAACAAAUGCUUUGAAAAGCAAUUACAUUCUGCGUUAUCUCUCCAGCUGGCAAGUUAUUACUAUAGCCUACAGAUCUAUGCUCGUUUGGCACCAUGUUUCAAGGACAAAUGCCACCCUCUCUACAGG